AUGAAGUUCUCUACCAUUGCUGGCAUUGCUGCUUUCGCCUCUGGCGUCUGCGCUGCUCCCCAGAUGAACGCCCGCGCGGUCGCUGUUGCACCGGUCACCAAGCGCGUUGACGUGUCUGGCGCCGUCGGUCAGUUGACGAGCCAGAUUGGCAACGUCAUCAGCGAGGCUGAGCACCUGACCGGCAAGGUCCAGACCGCCACCGCGGGUGAUGUUAACCUGGUUAGCGACCUGACCAGCGGCCUGGUCAGCCUCAACGGCUCCCUCACGGGCAUCGUCGGUCUGCUCAACGAGAUUGGCCUUGGUGCUGCGGCCGCGUCGGCCGAGUCCACCGUCGCCUCGGCUGAGGUCGUUGCCGGUGGUCUCUUGGGUGUUGUUCUUGGCGCCGUCAGCACUGUCCUGAACACCGCUGGUGGUCUGCUGGGCGGUCUGACCGGUGCUGCUGGCGCUGUGACCGGUGCCGUUGGUGGUGUGACCGGCGGCGCUGGCGGUGUUGUCCCCGCCAACGCUGGCGGCUCUGGCACGACUGCGGUUACCUCUGCUCUGGGUGGCCUGACCAACGCCAGCGCCCUGACCGGCCUGCUCGGCGGCCUGCUCCUCGCUGUCGGUAACCUGCUUAGCAACCUGACCAUCACCAUCUCCACUGGCUCCCUGGGUGACCUGUCCCAGCUCGACAACCUGACUGGUGCCGCUGGCGGUCUGGCUGGUGCUGCCGGCAGUGUGGUUGGUGGUGUGACGGGUGGUGUUGACCCUGUCUCUGAUCUGUCCGACACUCUUGAGGGCCUUGUCGUUGCCGCGGUCAGCCUUCUCGGCAACCUCCUCGGUGGCCUGUAA